UUAUGCAUGCUAUAUCUUAUGAAAGAUACAUUUGAUGAAACAAACAUGAAGCUGUGUGAAAACCCAUUAAAGGAUUUUUUAAUAUGUUAUUUCAUUUUCACAUGGAUUGGAGGAAAGUGUUUUGCGAUGUCGCAUUACGGAGUUGAAUUUACGAAUGAGUUUUUCUUCCGAAUAGAUGUGUCUGUGUCAGAAGAAGUUACAGCCGGAUUGAAAGGACACCACUUCUAUUUUCAGUCGCAGGUAGUUGAUGAUAUCUUCAUCUUUACAUAUGAAAAAGAUACUGAGAAGGUUUUUACAGAGGCAGAAUUACAAUUUCUGAAACAGUCUUUUCAUGGAAUGGUCAAAGAUAUUCAACAAUGCAGAACUAUGCAUGAUUUUGAAUUUUUUAAACCACCCGAUGCGAGCAAGGCUGAUAGCAAAACAAAAGCAAAACGAGACGUUACAGCUCAAGAUCAAAAGUUUGAGGAAGAACCGUACUGGGAUGAAGGAGAAGGAAUUGAUGAAUCGUGGAAAUCGGGAAUAACCGGAGAAGGCAUUACCGUAGCUAUUCUUGAUAUUGGUUUUACCGUUGACCACCCCGAACUGCAGCCAAAUAUAAACAAAGAGCUUACCUUCAACUUCGUAACAAAUGACGUGGACGUGUCUGCAGUACUAUUCCAUAGUUACAUCGGAGAAACAUUUCAUAAAACAAAUCACGGAAACGACUGUGCAAGUGUCGUCGCAGCGGUAAAAGGAAACAAAAUGUGUAGUGCAGGCGUGGCAUACAAUUCCAAAAUAGCUGCACUUUCAAUCGGUAGAAUCUCAAAAGAAAUUCCAUUCCGUACAUUAAUAACCACCGCUAGCAUGUGCAAAGGUCUUGCUUAUCUGCCGAAUAAAAUAGACAUUUAUUCCUCAAGCUACACUUCUACUUUACCAUUUGAAGCAAUGGAUAUUGGAUCUGACAGAGCAAUUAGCCUUGGAGUUUUAAAUGGUCGGCAGGGAAAAGGCAAUGUGUACGUUUCUGCAGUAGGCCCUGUAGGAAAUGGGUUCACAAACAGUAUCUUCAUUAUCGCAGUCAACCAGAUUGGCAUUAAAGGAACAAUUUCCGAAAAAAGCUUCGCCAAUCCAGGGGUUCUAAUAUCAUCCUUCGGAAAGGGCAAAACACGAUUUGAUGAUUACAUGUUCACUGCAUCGCAGAGGAAUGAUUCGGGAAUAUUAUGCAACGCACAGUUCCAAGGGUCAUCUGCGGCAACUCCUAAGAUUGCCGGAAUAAUUGCUCUCAUUCUUCAAAGCCGUCCUGACUUGACUUGGAGACAAAUCCAGCACCUUAUCGUUCGAUGUUCUAACCACACUAACCUUAAGGAGUCUACCAACUUCAAGCGCAAUGGUGCUGGAUUCUACUAUCAUCGGCAUUUUGGAUUCGGAUAUCUGAACUUGACUAAGUGUAUAGAGAUAAUAGACACCGUAACAACAAUUGAAAAGAUGCCAGGCAUAGCUACAUUUAUGUGCAAGUUGGACGGUCCGAGAAAACCAUCGGCCGUAAUUUUAAAGGCUACAGUGGACUCAUUAAACGAAACAAUGGAGCGUGUAACAACCACAAUACAUACAUCAUUGCUACAACACAUUUCAAAACCUGUAUUAUAUUCUCCCAUGGGCACCUCGUCUGUCCUUAUCGAUGGUUCAGAGUGGACAAAAGAUGUACAUAUGCCAUUGAAGAGCAAUGCAAUUACUUCAACUCAUUUUUGGGGUGAACGUACAGCUGGAAGAUGGAGAUUAAGUUUGAAAGGAAAGUUUCAAAAUGUGAAAGAUUUCUCAGUGAUCCUGACGUUCACUGGUAUAUUUUUGACGCCAAAGGAAAACAAACAAGAUGCAAAAAACGUUUUGGGAAACAUUGUCAUGGUACUUGCAACUGCGGUUUUCCUUCUUGUUCAUGCCGGGUUUUGGGUGGUGUACUUUUUAAGAAAUAUGAAUUUAGGACAAAUCAGUUAAGACAAAAUAUUGUUUGAUAUAAAUGUGUUAUUGUAUUUUCAGCACUUUUACUUCAGUUCAUGCCGUGGUUUGGAAGGUGUUAUGUUUCAUAAAUAAGAAUUAACACAGAACAAUCAAUGUAAAAUGUCAAAUUCUAACAGCUUAGCACACGAAACAAAUUACAGGAAAGACAAACAUACCUAUUGUGUUGUAUAGAUAGUCUCUCAUGUUUUGGCAUCGGACAUUUUUUCUUCUCGUAAUGCAUCUGAACACUUAUAUUUAGUUUACUCCUUGGUACUAUGGAAUAGUACUGCAGACACGUCCAAACCAUUCACAUACUAAAAACCGAGUUUCUUAAUAUAUAAAUCUCUAAUAAAUUUGCCAAAUAAAAUUCAACAUGGGAUUAUAAAAAUAACGUAUUUUAUGUAUUGCAUCAUAUUUAUAAAAAGAUAAAGUCAAUUGAAUCAAAUGAACAUUUUCAAUGUACUUUCUUUCCCGCGGAAAGUGGACUUUUCAUCUUACUCGUGUGAGGAGUAUGGUUGAUUUUCUGACUGAAAUCCACUUUUUUAAACACUUGGUGUAUUUCAAAUCUAGUCUAUAUAAACAUCCCCUUCAGAUUCUUUGACAAUUGCAUUUCCAUGGGAGAUCACUGCGUAGGAUAAACAUACAAGUGUUGUUAAGCCACACUGUGGUUUCAAUAAUGUCAGGGGCGUAGCUACCCCUCUAUUCAUGUGGAUUCAUAAAUGUGCUGGGGGUUCGGGGGCAUGCCCACCUCAGGAAAUUUGAAAACCAUGGUGCAAUCUAGUGCAUUCUGGGCGUUCCGAUGUGCAUUAUUUAGUACUGGAAAAUAACCAGUUUUUGGAUCAUGUAGUCAAGUUUGCA